AUGAAGCUUAUAUCGUUGCUACCUGUUUUCCAUAUCCUUUUACUAGCCACCAUCGGAUUCAUACCUGACCAAGCAUACGGAUCUGUAUGCUAUGAAUAUACUGGUUAUCCAUUCACUCAUGAUUCGAUGAAAAAAACAAACUGUGAUAUAGUAACAACAAAAAGCCAACAAUUAAACGGUGUGGUUGGUAAUCUUAGCCCAGAUCAAGCGUUUAUCAUAGAUUUUCACUGCGGGGUCAGUGACCAAACACUUUGCAAUAAAGCUCAGAAUGCAUUUAAUGAUGUUGGUAAACGAAUAGCUUCAGUAUUAAAAAUUAACACAGUAAUAAAAGUAAAUGCUACUUUCACUGACUUCUGCAAAACGCUUAAUGAAUGUUCAAACAGUGCUGGAUUAGUUUUGGGAUCUGCAGCACCUGCACGAACAAUUCCAAUAUUAGAUGAUGAUAAUGUGACAAGACUUUAUCCUCAGGCUUUAGUAAAACAAAUGAAUCUACCAAAUCGGACACAAUAUGGAACGUAUGAUAUUCUAGCAAACUUUAAUUCACAAGCAAACAUGUUUUUCCGAGGUGAUGGUCAAAUAAAACAAGGACAGAAUGACUUUGAAUAUAUAGUAACACAUGAAUUCAUUCAUGGACUAGGUUUUGGAUCAAGUUGGAGAAAUUAUUUUAGCGCUGGCAUAUUAACUCCAUUGCCAGUCGACAAUGGAGCGAGUUUUACAGGAUUUAUGGAAUCAAAAUUUGAUAGAUUCAUGUUCGUUAAAAUGAAUGGCACAUUUGUACCGAUGACUUCACUCACUAAACAGCUUAAUAAUUUUUUUUCAAAAAAAAAAGUUUCAAGUAAUUUAGAUAAGUCAAGGUUUGCAAAUUCCCCACAAUUUGCACUUGCACAACAAUUAUUCACUGCAGCAUCUACACCGUCUUCAAUGAAUUUUGUAACUGAUUCAAAUGAUCAAAUUCCAUUAGAAACUAGUCUUAAGCCUUUUCAAGAAGGGUCAAGUGUUAGUCAUGUAGAUAAAUCUUUUAUGCAAAAUGGUGAUUUUUUAAUGACAUUUGCAGCGAAAGAUGGUAUUACUCUAGAUGAUAUUGCUCAAAAGAAUGGAGUUUCUAAUAGUGCUGGUAUUGGUCCUAAAACUCUUAAAACUCUGGAAACUUUGGGGUAA